AUGAAUCGGACGAUCGCAUUGAGCGGUCGGCAUUAUAAGACAAUGUCGAACGUCAUGAAUCCCAAGGCCCACGGAUCCGUCCCUUGGCGCGGCUUUACAGAGGCGAUGAAAAAUAUCGGAUUUAAAAUGACAGCUACUAAAGGAUCCGUGAUUAACUUCUGCCCUCCGAAGACGAUGCCGGGGCGCGCCUUCUGUUGGCACAAGCCACACUCUUCGCACCUCAGGCCGGACCAUGUUCGGAUUUUACGAGGCGACCUCUCGAUGCUGUACGGUUGGAGGCUCGAGACGUUUGUGAGGAAGUAA